CGUCGCUGCUGCUGUCAGCCUGCGCUUGGUACUUCAGCCCUUGGUUUCCUCGGACCCGUCGCUGCUUCUCGGCCUUGCUGCGGCCUCGGAUCUUGCCGGGAAAAUGUCUGAUGAAUUUUCGUUGGCAGAUGCGCUACCUGACCACUCUCCUGCCAAAACUUCUGCAGUGAGCAAUACAAAACCGACCCAGCCUCCUCAAGGCUGGCCAGGUUCCAACCCUUGGAAUAACCCAAGUGCUCCACCUUCUGUGCCAUCCGGACUCCCACCAAGUGCACCACCCUCCACUGUGCCUUUCGGACCAGCACCAGCAGGAAUGUAUCCCUCUGUGCCUCCCACUGGACCACCUCCAGGACCCCCAGCACCCUUUCCUCCUUCUGGACCAUCAUGCCCCCCACCCGGUGGUCCUUAUCCAGCCCCAACUGUGCCAGGUCCUGGCCCCACAGGGCCAUAUCCUACACCAAAUAUGCCCUUUCCAGAGCUUCCUCGACCAUAUGGUGCACCCACUGAUCCACCUGCAGCUGGUCCUUUAGGUCCAUGGGGAUCCAUGUCUUCUGGACCUUGGGCACCAGGAAUGGGAGGGCAGUAUCCUACCCCUAAUAUGCCAUAUCCAUCUCCAGGGCCAUAUCCUGCACCUCCUCCUCCCCAAGCACCAGGGGCAGCACCACCUGUUCCAUGGGGCACUGUUCCACCAGGAGCCUGGGGACCACCGGCACCAUAUCCUGCCCCUGCAGGAUCAUAUCCCACACCAGGACUCUAUCCCAGUCCCAAUAAUCCUUUUCAAGUGCCUUCAGGACCUUCUGGUGCUCCACCAAUGCCUGGUGGCCCCCAUUCUUACCAUUAAGUUAAUGGAUGAAGAGAUGACGCUUUGCUUUUUGAAGUACAUAUAUAUGCGCAUGAACGCAUAUAUAAAAAUUGCUGGUUUCACUAUUAGAGGGCAUUCAUGAAAGAACAACUCUUGCACCUCUCAGAAGAUAUCUGCCUCUUGUACUUGGAUGUAUAAUAUAUCAGAUGGAUACAAUCAGAUAAAAAUGUAAAAGUAAAUCAUUCAAAUGUGAUUUUUAUUCAGUUUUUAUGGAAAGUUAAAAUAAGUAUAUUGAAUAGCUCUUUGAUAUAAUUUGUUUAAAACAAAGUUCGGAUUUGUUUAAAUUAUGAAACUACACACUUAAAAAUCUAAGAUGAUGUGUGGAUUAUUGUUCGAAUCUGCAACCUCCUUGGCAAAUUAUUUCAAGUAUUUUUCUAUAAUCACUUUUUCCCUAAGUGAACACACUUUGAAAACAUUGUCAUAAUUUAAACAAAUGAUGCUUAUCAACAUCUUGAGCUGUUCUACCUAUAGAAUAAAUAAACCUAGUUCUCCUGAGGUUCUGUUUUGAAUAUACAUUUUAAAACUGGCAGCAAUUAUUGUCAGAUGUUGAGUUUAUUAGGCAGUGUUCAUUUUUAUCCUUGAGAUUUUAGUAAAAACUUUGAUUUUGAGUUCACCUGAUUUAUGUUACUUAGCCAAAUAGGUCAACCAGCUCUAAAAUCUGCCAUUUAUGGAAACUUUCUCCUUUUUAAUGCAGGCCAACAUGUAUGUAAACUAUGCUCUUAAAGAAUGGGUGAUCUCUGUAUUACCUUAGAAUAGAUUGGAUGUCCACAUUGCUUUGGGAAGAGCUCAAGGAAGGAAAUAAUUCUCUCCUUUGUCUUGAACCUCAAACUAGAGAAACCUUGGGAGUUGCAUCAUAGUGACAAGUAAUUUGCAAUCCCAUGAAUCACUGUUCCACCCAGAGCCUUCCUGGUAGCGCCUUUUCCCUCAGUUCUUUAGGAGCACAUCCCUUAAUUCCUCCCUGAUACGGAAAACUGGCACACUCUAGGGGUCUGUCAUAAACACGAUAUAGCGGUUAUGUUUAAAGAACCUUAGUCACACAGGCAUGACUAUUCUUUUUGUACAAGUGUGAUCAAAAAUUUGUAUCUGUCUUUCAGAGUCUGGUUAAGCUAUGUCAUUGUCUCUUGCAUAGUUUCCUGGAUCUGUUUGUAAAGUGCUAUGGUUUCAGUUCUGUAUUUGUUAACAGGUAAAUAGGUAGAAUUAAGUGCCAUCUUGAAAAUUAUUCUCUUACUUUAACACUGAAAAUAAUAAAUUGUAGAUCUCUGCAAUUGAGUUUAAAGAAGUGUGAUUGUAUUACUUAAAUAAUUGUUGUUUGUAACCAUCAAAAUAGUCUGAGUAGUUUUUUUGGCACCUUAUCUUUAAAUCAGAUUCUUAAUUUUGGGAUAGAACUGACUAUUUGUGAAAUAACAUUUUGAAACUUAAAAUAUAUCCGUUGGAUUACUAAAAUGUAUUGUGAAUUUCUUCACCAGUAUAGGACAGAUUUAUGCUAGCACUCUUGUUUUUGCUUAGAAAUAAAGUAUUUUAGUAGUUUAUUUCUCUUAUAGUUAAAAUGUCAAGAAUGCCAAAUGCUGCCAAUGUAAUGGUUUGAUAGCUACCUCCUUUUAAGAAAGCAAGAUGGUCACCUUUGGGAGUAACAUUCAGUGUUAAACCUCCCUUUUAUAAGUAGAUGAUAAAUUCAAGCUUCCAGAAUUGAAACUAAUUUGUUUAGAUAUUUUCAGAUAGUGAGUGUUAGUUUAUAAUAUAGUGGCUCAAAUGGUCUUUUUAUCUUUCACUUCCUUGCAAGGCCACGUGGCAGCUAUUUUACAACAUUGUUGGAGUCUGUUGCAAAGUAGCCUUCAAUUUACAAAGCAGAUAGCCCUAGAAGGUGUCAUAUCAUAAAUUAUCAGUCAGUAUUAUGUAAGCUAACCCUGGAGGCAUAAGAUGAUAGGAAAACUGAGAUGGCAGAGAAGGUAUCUUAUGCUUAUUUUGGUUGCCAUGCAUUAGGAUUAAGUCGACAACUCUGGCUUUAGGUGCGAUAUUUAAUGUAACACUAGGAAGGAUAAUGUUUAACUAAAAAGAGGUAGCCAUUUUGAGGGUCUGUAAUUGAGGAGCCCAUUUAUUACUGCAGAAAAUCUUUUGUUAAAGGAUUUGAGGGGCCAUGAACACAAGAUUUGGAAUUACUGUUCCCAGUAUGUUAAUUUUGCUAGUGGCCUAUACUGCUCAGUGUUCCCUAGACAAUACUGCUAUUUUAACCUUUGCUUUACAGUGACUUUCCAACUGAUAUUUGGAGGUUUUUUGUUUUGUUUUGUCUUAUGAAAAAUGGAAAUCAAAGGGAACAGAAUUUGCUUUUAUAUUUGUAAUUCUUUAGAGUCUAAUUUCUGAAAUUGGGAAAGGUGCCACAAUUCUCAAGGGUAUUCUGGGCAAUAAAUAUUUUUAGGUUCAGGGUGGAGUUAAAAUCGGACGUUUCAGUGGGGGAAACAUCUAAGGAAUAUUUCUUUUUACAAGGGAAUAAUUUACUUUAAAAAAUAAGUCAUUCUAGGCUAAGAUGAGUUUAUGGAAGACUACUUGUUACCAAGUAUUUAGUCAUAAGUGAAUAUGAAGUAUGGAAUACGCUGGCAUUUGGAUUUAAGAGCAAGAAUUUUUUAAUAUGUUUUUAUUGAUUUUUUUUUUAGGGAGAGAGAGAGAAACAUCGAUCUCUUCCUACCCCCCACCCCCCAAGGAUCUAGCC